UGCGCUUAACUUGGCGGACCUUCCGGCCAUGUGGUUUAGAAUCUAAACGGUCAAGUAGCCGCGCUUUAUGGAACAUCGUGAAAUUUUAUGAAUUUUUGUUUUUCCCACCCUCUUAAACUGCGACUAUUAGGUUCGUGAGAAUGAGUGGAAGCCCCAGAAAACCAGUGUCGACACGACGAUCGGCAAGAAGUUCAAGCAGUCUUGAUGCUGAUUUCAAGCCAAACAUAGCUGUUCACGUGGUUCAUACUCCAGUAAAGAAAAUAAUGUCAGAAAACCAGGCACCUCCCAGUCCUGCUUACUCCACCAGGUCCAGGUUGAAAAUAGAAGAACCUGUCCACAUGCUGUCCGAAAAGAUAGACACAAUUGAACGGACGAGGCGGUACUCUGCGAGAAGGUCCACAGCUGGAAAGGACGAGGAUUCAAACUCUGAAUUUGGUGAAGAUGUCUCUUCUCAGAAGUCCGAGCCAUCAUCACGAAGCCCGAGGAAAUCCCUCAGAAAGGCAUCUUUUGUUCGUGGAAAUAUUCAUAAAAUUUUAGAAGAGUCGAGUGCUUCAGAUACCAGUGGAGAUGAAUCCACAGAUUUCAAGAUGAAGCAAAAGGUGAAGAAAUUUAUCAAAAAGGAGAACUCAGACAUUGAUGACUUCUUUUCGGCUGAGGAUAGAUCAAGUGCUUCCAGCAACAAAGGCACUGAGGCCGCCUCUGAUUUUGAGGCAGAUGUCAAAGACAGCAAGAGGGAUGACAAAAAGCUGUCAGAGGAACCAAAAGUUUUGCUAGAGAAAAUGACGCUGUUGGAGGAAAAGUUGGAAACCUCUCCAGUGAAGCGAACGAGGAUAUCUUCCAUCUUAUCUGAAAGUUCAGAUGACCUGUCAGACAACUGCCAAGAAAAUGGACACAGCAAAUUGAAUGUGUCUAAAACAGAGAAGGUAUCUCCCAAGAAAGCGUUAUCAGUGAGUGAGGAGAAUGAGGAGGAAGAGAAACCUAGGAGGUCUCUGAGGAAUGCGUCUGCACCCAAAAAUUUUGGGACUGAAGCAAUGGAAGUGAUUGAGGAAGCUGAAUCAAGUUUUGAAGAAGCAAAACUCCAGGUAUCUCCUGAGAAAAAGAUGAAGGAGAGUCCCAGAAAGGUGUCUGUAGCAAAAGAAAUUGAAGUGGAACAAGAAGUCGAGGAGGUAGAACCUCUGCGGCCUGAGGCGAGCCCCACAAAAGAGCCGGUUUUGUGUAUUACUGAAGAUGGAUUUGAGUCAGCGCUAUUUCGAGAUUACUCAGAUUUGACCGAAUGCAUGGAGAGAACUGAACGUUAUUAUUUGUCUCGAAGUGUGUUAUCGCCCAGGAAGGCCAAGAAAACUCCUGAGGGGAGCCCUAAAAAAUCUCUAGAAGCGUUGAUGGGUUGUGACGUAAGGCAGGAGCAAGAAAGCCCUAAAAAGCUGUCCCCUAAGAAAAAGAUUGAAGAGAGUCCUAAAAAGAAGAUAGUGGAGGUGAAUUUGGAUUCUUCAGAGUCUGAGGAUGAAAAGCCUCAGCGCUCUCCAAAGAAGAAAUCCCCUGAGAAGAAGUCUCCCAAGGAAAAUGUCAAGGGAAGUCCCAGAAAAGAGGAGAAGACGUCAACUACAGAGGUCAUGGAAAUUGAAGUGGAGCAGCAGGAUGAGGCUCCAAAUCCUGAUGACGCUGAAAUUUCUCAGGAACAAACUCCUACGAAAGAGAAACCUUCAAAUGAGUCAGAAGAUCGACUCCAAAGCGCCAGUAAGAGUCUAAAAACUAGACCCUAUGUGAGUCCGAAAUCAGAAACAGUCUCUCCGAGGAAGACAUCUCUGGAGAAAAUGUCUGUGGGGAGCCCAAUUCAGGAGCUGUCCAUCACAGAAGAUCAGAACUCGGAUCUAAUUCAAGAUUCGGCGGAUUUGGAGAACACAACAAAUGACAAAGAAGAAGAAGAAGCUCUUUACGAGUCUCCUAAAAAGGAAAGUCCUAAGAAGGAGCAGAAAAAGUCGACAGAGGCAAUGGAAGAGCAGAUCCAGGAUUCCUCAAAGCCAGCAGAGGAGAAGGUGUCUCCUGUGAAGAAGGUUUCUCCUGUGAAGGUGUCUCCCGUGAAGAAGGCGUCUCCAAAGAAAGUCUGUAGCCCGAUAAAGAAGUCUCUGGCAGAACACUUCUUCAACAUAGCUGAAGAAUCUAAAAUUGAGGGUGACGAAGUCGAGGCUCAAGAGUCUGAGAAGAUGGAAGUUGAUGACCAAGAUGUGCCUGACCGUGAAGACUCGGACGAGGCUCCUGAAGAGGUCAGCGUCAAGUCGUCAAAACAAAUCGUGCAGGAGAUGAUCAAGGACGAAAUCAAGGCAAAAGAACACAUCCGCCAGGAGAAGAAGGAAAUUCAGCUGAAAAAGCAGCAAAGGAAGCUGAAACAGAAGGCCAAUAAGCUAUUGGAAAAAGCUGCUGAACCUGUAGAGGAAGCUGAAGGUACCGAAGUGGUGGCAGAACCCUCACAACAAAUCCUCAUCGACAAUAAUGAGGUGCCUGCGACAGAGGGGGUGGACAAGAAGAAGAAAAAGAAAAAGAAGAAGAAAAUUGCGCCUGCUGGAGAUGAAGUUCAGAAGGAGAGAAAACUGUCUGCUGCUGAGGUGUAUGCCAAAGAGGCUUCAGAGGUGGUUGCUGAGGCGAAGAAGAAGAAAAAGAAACCUGCUGGAGAAGAAGUGCAGAAGGAGAGAAAACUGUCUGCUGCUGAGGUGUAUGCCAAAGAGGCUUCAGAGGUGGUUGCUGAGGCGAAGAAGAAGAAGAAACCUGCUGGAGAAGAAGCGCGGGAGGAGAGAAAACUGUCUGCUGCUGAGGUGUACGCCAAAGAGGCUUCAAAGGUGGUUGUUGAGGCGAAGAAGAAGAAACCUGCUGGAGAAGAAGUGCAGAAGGAGAGAAAACUGUCUGCUGCUGAGGUGUAUGCCAAAGAGGAUUCAGAGGUGAAUAUUGAGAUGAAGAAGAAGAAGAAACGGAGGAAGCAGAAGAAGAAGGUCGUCGUCCAGCCUGUGGAAAAUGAAAAGACGGAGGCGGAAGAGAAAAAGAAAGUCGUCGUGCAGCCUUUGGACAAUGAAAACACCAAGGAGAAGGAGGAGGACAAGAAAGAAACAGCGGAUGCAGACAAAGUGGCCAAAAAGAAGAGGAAAAGGAUAAGAUGGAGAGACAGGUCUGCAAUGAAAUUAGCGAGGGAAGCUGCCAAGCAAAAAGAAGAAUCCAAUCCGGUUGAAACCGAGGAAUCUUCCACUCCAACUAAGAAUGCAGAUGAGAAAGAGGUAGAAAACAACGUCAAGAAGGCCAAAAAGAGGAAGAGGAAGUCGAGGAAAUUGACGAAUGAAAACACGGAGCAGGAAGAGGCACCAGCUGCUAUCAUGGAAAAUGGACACAGCGCUGAAGCCCCUAAAAAGAAGAAGAGCAAAAUAACUAAAGCAGUUGAGAUGAUCCAGGAGGAAGAAGUGGACACAAAUGAGCCUCCUGCUAAGAAGAAGAAAAAGAAAAGUAAAAAAGUGGAGCAAGAUGAAGCUGUUGAAGAUGAAAAUGUGGCACCUGCUGAAGUAGAAACAACUGAUGUCUCUAAGAAGGAGACGCUCAAAGCGCGGAAGAACAAGAAAUUGAGAGAAAAGCACAAGGCGGCUAAGAAGAAGGGUUUGGGAGAGAAGAAAUCCGCAAAAGCACAAAACCGAGGCGAAAAUGAUGACGAAACUGGAGAUUUUACCGAGACAGGCAUUCAAAUGCUGCCCACAAGUGUCCUUGAGAAGCUGGAUGAUGUCCCUGAAGCUGCUGAGAAGAAGAAUAAGAAGAUCAGGAGAGGGCUCAAAAAGAGAGAGCUCGAGGAUGAAGCCAAACCAGAGAAGAGGAAAAAGGUGAAACUUACUGAUGACUAUAUUCCACUGGACGUGAAUGGAACGACCGACUUUGGGUUGGUUCCUCUGGAAGACACAAUGAAAAGAGGCUUUGUCUCUUCUAAAGAGGCAAGGAAGUGGAUAAAAGCACUCAGCAUUGGGAAGGUCAACAAAGUUAGUAUCAAGAAAAUAAAAAAGAUCGAAGUGAAGCUGAAGGCCUCAGGGGUGGCUGUCCCGAAAGGCUUCAAAGGCGACCAGCAGUUUUCUUGAGUUCCAGCUAUUUUAUUUCCUGUAUCAACUCUGCGGAUAGAGUAACACAUUUUGUGUUUUACAAAAUAAAAUCAAACUUUUCGUAAUCAUUCAUUUUUAUUGAUUAUGUACAUUUAUACAUUUAGGCCUUACUCGAUUAAAAAAAUUAAUAAUAUCACGAAGUAGGAUUCGGGUUUGAGAGAGACGAAAAAACUGCACCUACGAGUCACCUUAGAAGUCCAAUAUGGAAUAUAAACUUUCGCAAAUAAAAUCAAGAAGCAAAAUUAUCUCGUUGGCGACAAAACAUUGAAAUAAUCUGCAGCAGUUGAUUAAUGGAACAAAAUAAUUCAAUGAGAGAGAAAGAGUAAUCAAGAGGAAGAAGUCCUGUCUUUUGACACAGUCCGUCGAGCACCCUGACAGUCACAGGUCGAGUUUGGCGCCCAUUCGCUGCAGGGCGACGAUCAUGUUGACCGCUUUGGCCCACCGCUUCUUGAUCACGUAGCGCUUCAGCUUGCGCUUGCUCAGCUGCGGUCCCUCAGCGCCAGGGCUGCGCAGGAACGCGUGCUCAUUGGCCUCGGACGCGGUCAUGCGCGCGC